AUGGCAGAUAAAAAUGCUUCAUAUUCUGGUUUUAAUGAAUAUAAUCCUUUAUUAGAUACAACUGGUUUAAAACAUGAUACUGAUUUACAACAAGCUCUUAUAAAAACUAGUCAUGGUCGACGAGCUCCAACAACCAGCCAAGCUGGUGCAGCUACUGCUCAAAAAGGUGGAUUUCUUUCUAAAAUGAAAAAUGUAUUUAGUCGACCAAAGAAUACAAAUUUAUCUGUACCAUCGAAUAGUUCUGUCGCUCGAUUAGGAAGUGCAUCAUCACGUACUGUUACUACUGCUACUCAAAAAAAAAAUAAUGUUAUUAAUGCUCCACUUGGUUCAACUUUAAAUCGUCCUACGACAACACAAAAAAGACCAACAACAGCUAUAGAAGGUGCUGGUUUUAUAGUUGGAUCGGGAGCAUUAGGUAGUUAUAUUCCAACAACAUCAGGACCAAGUCAAUAUGAAAAGAAAGAAGAAAGUAAUGAUGAAAAAGUACGUAGAAUGGAAAAAGUAAUUUUUGAUCUUGUGGAACAAAGUUGUUUUGCAUAUGAAAAAAAUGAUACAAAAUUAGCACUUGAAAAAGCUGAAGAAGCAAUGAAACAUGAAAAAAGUCUUAGUCGAUAUCGUGAAGAACAAAAUAUUGGUGAAUCAGAUUUGAGUCUCUCUGGUUUUGUUAUUCUUCAUUGUGCAAAUAUGUUUACAAAAUGUGGUAUGAAUAUGGAAGCAAUGAAUCUAUAUAAUUUAAUACUUAAAAAUAAAUUAUUACCUGAAUCUAGUCAAAUACGAAUAAAUAUUGGCAAUAUUUUUCUUCAGUCAAAGAAUUAUACAAAAGCUUUAAAAAUGUAUCGAAUGGCACUUGAUCAAAUAUCUGAUCAAAAUUCUAAGUUAAAACUUAAAAUUCGACAAAAUAUUGCUGCUACACAUAUUCUAAUGAAUCAAUAUGCUGAAGCAGCUCAAGCUUAUGAAAUAAUAAUACAAGAACAACCAAAUUAUCGUAGUGUUUUUAAUCUUCUUCUAUGUUAUCAUACAAUAGGUCAACGUGAUAAAAUACGACAAGCAUUUAUUGAUUUACUUAAAAUACCAUUUUCAAAGUCUGAAGAUGAUUAUCCCGUAUCUAUAGAUAAAGAAGAUCGACAAGCAAUUUUUGUCAUCGAAGCUAUACGAGAUGAUCGACUAAGACAAUUAGAACGAAAACGACGCCGUUUUGCUGAACAUAUUAUUGUAACAGCAGCUAAAAUUAUUGGUAAUAAUUCUGAUGGAGAUUUAGUUAAUGGUUAUGAAUGGUGUAUUGAACAAGUACGAAAUUCAACUUAUCUAGAAUUAGCUAGUGGACUUGAAAUUCAAAAAGCUAUUGCUUAUUUACGUGAAGAUAAUUUUUCGAAGGCUAUUACUACACUUAAACAAUUCGAAAAAGCUGAAGCAAAAUUAGCUAGUGCAGCUGCAACUAACCUAUCAUUUUUGCACUUUUUGGAAAAAGAUUUAAAUAAUGCACAUAAAUAUGCAGAUUUAGCAUUAAAAACCGAUAAAUUUAAUCCAGCUUCUUUAACAAAUAAAGGUAAUUGUUGUUUUGUUCAAGGUGAUUAUGAUAAAGCACGAUAUUAUUAUGAAGAAGCACUUAAUAUAGAUGCAGGUUGUGUUCAAGCACUUCAUAAUCUUAUUCUUACUUUAAUUAAUUCAAAUCAAUAUCAACGUGUUAAAGAUUAUCUUCAUAAAUAUACAGUAAUUCAACCAGAAAAUACACAAGUUUUUUGUUUAAUGGCUAAAGUAUUACAACAGACAAAUGAUUUGGAUCAUGCUAAAAGUUGGUAUUUACAAGCAUUAAGUAUUCAUCGAACAGAUGGACAUUUACAUCGGCGAAUAGGUGAAUUAAUUGAUUCUCAAGGUGAUAAAUCGAAUGCAUUGCAAUAUUAUUUUGAUGCAUAUCGACAUAGUCCAUGUGAUAUUCAAACAUUAGAAUGGUUAGCAUCUUAUUAUAUUGAAACACAAUAUCCAGAAAAAGCCGUAGAAUAUUGUGCACAAGCAGCUUUAGUCAAACCCGGUGAAAUAAAAUGGCAUUUAAUGGUAGCAUCAUGCCAUCGUCGUAGUGGUGAUUAUGCAGCUGCUAUAGAAAAAUAUAAAUGGAUUCAUCAACAUUUUCCAGACGAUACUGAUUGCAUUCAAUUUUUAAUUAAAAUUGCUAUUGAUCUUGGUUUACCUGAACGAGAAAUGUAUGAAAAUGAAUUAAAAAAAGUUAAUAAAAUGAAAGAAAUUCAACUUCAACGUAAAACAAGUGCAGAUAAAAGUCGAAAUAUUAUUAAAGGUCGAAAAAUAUCAUCGGCUGAACAUGAAAUUUCUCGUAGCAAUCGUAAUCAAAUUAUGGAUGAUCAUGGAAAACGACCUAUUACAAUUCAUCCUUAUAUUGAUCAAUUUCCUCAACAAAUGACACACGAACGACCAAGAACUGCUAUUAGCAAAAAAGAAACACAUGCAAUAGUUUUUGAUGAUAAAGAUGAUGCAGCUGAACUUUUACCCGAUUAA